CACACACACACACACUCGCACACGCACGCACGCACAUACAUACAGACACACCUUGCUGCCACAGUGAGCUGGCCUCAACUUCCACAGACACACAGGCAGGGAAGCCUUCACGCGCGCAAGAAUGCUGUGCACUUGCUAUCACAACAAAGAUGAUUGAAACUUGACCUGGAUUUCUGACUGUGAGGAAUAACCUUCCCUGCAGGAGGCUUCGAAUUCAGAGUUGCCGGAUCCUUUCUGUGCCAACACAGAGAGGGGAUUACGGUGUUUGCGCUGCCCUGGCGGGAGUUCAGCUCUUCCACCAGCGCUGCUCGGAAGCAACAGCAGAAUACAAAAAAAAAAAACAGCCCCUGUUUACACAGACUCAUCGUGCUAUCUCUUUUAUCCUUUUACCUCUAUCCGGCUUCUCAUUAUUUGCCUCCUCGCUGCUCUCCUCAAGGGAACUUUAAAUCCCUUUUACAGCACCCAUCAGCUCAUCUCGCCGCCUAUUUACCCAUCUCAUAAUGAACUCCUCUGCCUCCAUUACAUCCCUAUUCUCCUUCACCAGCCCAGCGGUUAAGCGACUGCUCGGCUGGAAGCAAGGAGAUGAGGAGGAGAAGUGGGCAGAAAAGGCUGUGGACUCUCUAGUGAAGAAACUAAAGAAGAAGAAAGGGGCAAUGGAGGAGCUGGAGAGAGCCCUCAGCUGCCCCGGGCAGCCCAGUAAGUGCGUGACAAUUCCUCGGUCCCUGGACGGCAGGUUGCAGGUGUCCCACAGGAAGGGCCUGCCCCAUGUCAUCUACUGCAGAGUGUGGCGCUGGCCCGACCUGCAGUCCCACCACGAGCUCAAAGCCCUGGAGUGUUGCGAGUUCCCCUUCGGCUCCAAGCAAAAAGACAUCUGUGUCAACCCUUACCACUACAGGCGCGUGGAGACUCCAGUGCUGCCACCAGUCCUGGUCCCACGCCACAGCGAGUUCAACCCUCAGCACAGCUUACUGGCAAAGUUCAGGAACGCCUCCCUGCACAACGAGCCCCUGAUGCCCCAGAACGCCACCUACCCAGACUCCUUCCCUCCGCUGCCCUGCACCUCCUUCUCAUCCUCCCCUUCCUCCUCUCUCGCCCAGUCUCCCACCUCACAGAGUUACCCCAACUCCCCCAACAGCUCUGCAGAGCCCGGCAGUCCGUAUCACAUCACAGCUGAGACUCCCCCACCUCCAUACAGCAUGAUGGAGAGUAGCCCUCCAGAGGAUGUGAAGCCCAGCAACUCAACAGAAACCAUCAAACUCACAUUUUCAGCUCCGCACAGAGAUUUACGGCCCGUAUGUUAUGAGGAGCCGGAGUACUGGUGUUCGGUAGCCUACUACGAGCUCAACAACCGAGUCGGGGAGACUUUCCACGCGUCAUCCCGUAGCGUCUUGGUGGACGGCUUCACAGACCCGUCCAACAACAAGAACCGCUUCUGCCUUGGCCUGCUGUCCAACGUCAACCGCAACUCCACCAUCGAACACACGCGCAGGCACAUAGGCAAAGGGUUACACCUAUACUAUGUAGGCGGCGAGGUGUACGCAGAGUGCCUGAGCGACAGCAGCAUCUUUGUCCAGAGCCGUAACUGUAACUUCCAGCACGGCUUCCACGCCACCACCGUGUGCAAGAUCCCCAGCGGCUGCAGCCUUAAGAUCUUUAACAACCAGCUGUUUGCCCAGCUGCUCGCCCAGUCGGUUAACCACGGCUUUGAGGUCGUCUAUGAGCUCACUAAGAUGUGUACCAUCCGCAUGAGCUUUGUUAAGGGUUGGGGUGCUGAAUACCAUCGUCAAGAUGUGACUAGCACCCCCUGCUGGAUCGAGGUACAUCUGCAUGGGCCCCUGCAGUGGCUGGACAAGGUCCUCACACAGAUGGGCUCCCCACACAACCCCAUUUCUUCAGUGUCAUAACACAAACACGCAUACUGUUAAGUGUGUGUAUGUGCGCUCUGGUUCCUUCACACAGGUAGUCGUAGAUUCUGUAUGUUCUGCUUACAUCCAGGUUUUCCGUCCUAUGGUCCAUAUCUUGGUGUCUCCCACAAUAUGACGAAAAUAUCUGUUCGCACAGUUGUUACAUCAUGUAACUGAAACACAUAGUGUUCCUUAAUUUAAUUAUGAUACAUUUAUCCUCUUUCUGUUAUCAUUGGGACAUUAGCUGCACUCCAAGACAAGAAACAUGGGAUA